UUCUCCGUGGCCCACGGACGCGGAUCUCCGCUCUAUUAAUAGUUGAGGGAUGAAAGAAAGAGGGAGGAAGAGAGCGGAAGAGAGACAGCUCGAAUAACGCAGCGGCAGGCGUGCUGGUGCCCGGAGCCUCAGCCGAUGUCCAGUCGUGGCUUUUCGUUGGACCUCAGAGCGGCUCAGGUUGUCGCGGACUCCACAUUCCACGGGGACGAGCUCCUCCUGUGCGUGUCUCUCUGCGAAGUAACCCUUGCUCGCUCUCACCGGCUGGCACCCCCGUGUUCAUACGCGCGCGCCCAACCACAAACACCCACACGAUUAUAUACACAGUACGCACUCGUCCACUUGUAUUGACACCACCUAAGUCCCCUUAAACAGCCGCCAACAUGUCUGACGACGAGGAACAAUACUCCAGCGAGGAGGAAGUCGAGGAAGUGUAAGCAGCCCGAGAAGAAGACCGAGGGUAGAGCGUCCCAAAAGGAAUCUGGCGAGAAUAUCGAGUUUAUGAAGAGGCAAGAACAGAAGAGAAGUGACCUCGACGAACAGAUCAGAGAGUACAUAGCAGAAUGGCGAAAACAAAGAGCCAAGGAGGAGGAGGAAUUGAAGAGAUUAAAGGAGAAACAAGCCAAGCGCAAAGUCACUCGCGCGGACGAGGAGAAGAGAUUGACGCAAAUGAAGAAGGAAGAGGAGGAACGUCGUCAACGUGAUAUAGAGGAGAAGAGACAACGUGACAUCGAGGAGAAAAGAAAGCGCCUGGAGGAGUCGGAGAAGAAGCGACAGGCCAUGAUGCAAGCGUUGAAAGACCAGGCGAGCAAAAAGGGUCCUAACUUUACCAUCACCAAGAAAGAUCUUUCUUCGGGCGAUAUCUCACUGGCGUCAAUCGAGCGUAACAAGACGAAGGAGCAGCUCGAGGAAGAGAAGAAGAUCUCAAUGAGCAUUCGUAUCAAACCCCUGGAAAUUGAGAACCUGUCGGUCGACAAGCUCCGCGCCAAGGCGGCCGAUUUAUGGACGGCCAUAGUAAAACUCGAGACCGAAAAAUACGAUCUGGAGGAGCGGCAGAAGCGUCAAGAGUAUGACCUUAAAGAGCUGAAGGAACGUCAAAAGCAACAACUGAGGCACAAAGCUUUGAAGAAGGGUCUCGAUCCUGAGGCUUUGACCGGCAAAUAUCCCCCAAAGAUCCAAGUCGCCUCGAAGUACGAGCGUCGUGUUGAUACCAGGUCCUACGAUGACAAGAAGAAACUCUUUGAGGGCGGCUACGAUACGUUCAUAGCGGAGACCAGCGAGAAAAUGUGGAAAGAGAAAUCAGAACAGUUUAUGAAGCGCAACAAAACGAAACUACCGAAGUGGUUCGGCGAGCGUCCGGGCAAGAAGACCGGCGAUCCCGACUCACCGGAGGGCGAAGAAGACGUGAAGGCUGCGGUUGACGAGGAGUUCGAGCAGCCGCAGUUUGAAGAAGAGGUCGAAGAGGAGGAAGAGGAGGAGGAGGAGGAAGAAGAAGAGGAAGAGGAAGAGGAGGAAGAGGAGGAAGAGGAGGAAGAGGAGGAAUAAAUCACAUCUGAUUGCUUUUGGCGUGUGUACGUGGAUGUUAAAAAGCGUUACUUCAAGCUCGGCACGAUCAUCGCGCAAUCGCCUAUCGAACCGUCGAAUGUCAGUGACAGCGACGAUAGCGAAGCACCUUCAUGGCGAUAUUUUCAUUCACCUUCAUGCUCCGGUAAUGCCGGAAGCCCCCGUCGCCAUUUCACGUUACCACCAUUUUUUCUCUUCGACGUUCAAGCGGCUGAUGCUCAGGCCAAACGGAUGACAGACGCUACUUCUGCAACAGAUCAUUCUAUUACUACUGUUACUACCACUAUCACUUCUAUCAUCGCGACUGCUACUGCUAUUGUUAUUAUUACUAUGAUUCUAUUGUAAUUGUUAUUAUUAUUACUACUACUCUC